UUCUCCCAAAAGCCCCUUCAUUCAAACCAUCACAGACUCUCUCUCUCUCUCUCAAAAAUGGCUUUUUCUUGUAAUGGGUUUUCUAUGUUUGCAUUUGUUUGUCUGGUGAUGAGCUCUUUAUUAGUUGCCCCUUCUGCUGGUAACUUUUACCAAGACUUUGAUUUAACAUGGGGAGAUAAUCGUGCCAAGAUAUUCCAGGGAGGGCAGCUUCUAUCUCUUUCUCUAGACAGGGUCUCUGGCUCUGGCUUCCAGUCUAAGAAAGAAUACCUCUUUGGGAGAAUUGAUAUGCAGCUUAAACUUGUUGCUGGCAACUCUGCUGGCACUGUUACUGCCUAUUAUUUGUCAUCUCAGGGGCCAACUCACGAUGAAAUUGACUUUGAGUUCUUGGGAAACCUUAGCGGUAACCCUUAUAUUCUACACACAAAUGUUUUCACUCAGGGCAAGGGAAACAGGGAGCAGCAGUUCUAUCUCUGGUUCGACCCCACAAGAAAUUUUCACACCUACUCCAUCAUCUGGAAACCCCAGCACAUAAUCUUCGUGGUUGAUAACAUUCCCAUAAGAGUAUUCAAGAAUGCUGAACCAAUCGGCGUUCCCUUCCCAAAGAGCCAACCAAUGAAGAUUUACUCGAGCCUCUGGAAUGCUGACGACUGGGCCACAAGAGGAGGAUUGGUGAAAACUGAUUGGUCCAAGGCACCCUUCACAGCAUACUACCGGAAUUUCAAAGUUACAGCCUCCAAUGCUGCAUGGGGACCCAACUCUGCAUGGGAGACCAACGAGCUUGAUGCCCAUGGCCGGAGACGUCUGAGAUGGGUUCAGAAAUACUUCAUGAUUUACAACUACUGCACUGACUUGAAACGAUUCCCUCAAGGUUUUCCUCCUGAGUGCAGACGCUCGAGAUUUCUGUAAAAGAUACAAGUUUCAAUGGAGUCUGUAAUAUAGUCCGUGGGUGGAGAUUCUUUGCAACCUCCUCUGUGAUCAUCAAGUUUCUUUUAGCUUGAAAAUCAGGAUUCAAAUAAAUUUAUAUUCUUUCGUGUCUUUGUAUGUUAGCGGGGGAUUUGAUGGCCACCUACUCUGUUCAGCUCCCUGUAAGGUUUAUGAGGUUUGAAUAUUUGUUCAUAUAAUAA